AUGAAGGACACCUCGUUCAAGGCCAGCGGCACCAAGCGCAAGAAGGCCGGCGGCGCCAAGCGCGGUCUCACUCCCUUCUUCGUGUUUCUGGCUGAGUUCAGGCCGCAGUACCUGGAGAAGCACCCUGAGCUCAAGGGCGUAAAGCAGGUGAGCAAGGCGGCAGGGGAGAAGUGGCGCUCAAUGUCGGAUGAGGAGAAGGCGAAGUAUGGCGCUAGCAAGAAGCAGGAUGACAAAGCAAGCAAGAAGGAGAGCACUAGCUCCAAGAAGGCCAAAACUGAUGGUCGGGAGGGAGAGGAAGCAGCGAAGUCCGAGGUUGAGGAUGAUGAUGAGCAGGAUGGUAAUGAGGAUGAAGAGUAA